AUGGAGCACGCAGAUCCCUUCCUACAAGUCCAAGCCGACGUCGUCUCAACACUACAAACCAGCCGACCACUCUUCUCCUCAUACCUCCGCAUUCGGUCGCUAGCCAAAAGCCCCAACAACCCAGAACUCAAGCAAUCGCGCUCCGAGCUCGAAACCACCUUAACAGAGCUAACAGCUGACCUCAACGACCUCGUCGAAAGCGUCCGCGCAAUCGAACAAGACCCCUACCGCUAUGGACUGGAACUAGAGGAGGUGCAGCGGCGGCGCAAGCUCGUCGAUGAUGUCGGUGAUGAGGUCGAGAAAAUGCACCAGGAGCUGCAGCAGGCUGUUUCCAAUUCCACUGUCGACACACUGCCGAAUCCUACAGAGUUUGAUGCGGCGCUGGAGGAGGAGGAGGAGCGCGGACGUGGCGGGGCGGAUUAUUAUGCUUCUAUGGAGCAGCAGAGACAGUAUGAGCUUAUGCAUGAGCAGGAUGAGCAGCUUGAUGGUGUUUUUCGCACUGUUGGAAAUCUGCGCCAGCAAGCUGAUGAUAUGGGUCGUGAGUUGGAGGAUCAGGCUGUCAUGAUUGAUGAGGUUGAUACGCUGGCGGAUCGGGUUGGGGGGAAGUUGGCGAAUGGGAUGUCGCGUAUCAAACAUAUUGUACGCAAGAAUGAGGAUACAUGGUCCUCGUUUUGUAUCGCGGCACUCAUCUUCGUCCUCGUCUUAUUAUUAAUCCUCCUUAUUGCACUGUGA